UCGAUCCGUAGGAUCAUCCGGUGAUCGAUGAGGAUAUUUCGAAGCUCGAUGAUCGUGGAACGGUGGAAAAGGUGGCCAGCAACGGAGUGAUCGUCGAGCGAGGCUCGACGUGGAAGAGGAAGAGGAGGAACGAUCAUGGGCAACGCCACCACGAAGAGCCACUACUCGAAGAGCCAGCCUCUGGCCGCCACCAGGAGGCCACGUUGGGAGGGAUCAGGACUUCCGGCGCCACCUGGGAAGCCAAUUUUGAUACCAGGAGCGGACGAGUCUCAACCGGAUGUUGUCGCGAUUCGUUGGGAGAGGUCACCGAGUAACGGUGGCUCGGCGAUCGUCGGCUACCUGGUGGAGCAUCGAAGGCUGGGCUCGCAGCAUUGGGUGCGCAGCACGCCGGGUCUUUGCACCUUCCCGGAACUGACCUUGAGCGGCCUCGAGCCAGGAUGGCGCUACCAAUUCAGGGUCAGGGCCCAGAACGCGGUUGGCCUGUCCCGGCCCAGCGAGAUCUCCGAUCCUUUGACCGUCACCUUGCAGAGAUCUGUUGCGUCCGCGCCCCAGUUUGACCUCGAGGUCAAGGACACCACCGUUCUCGAAAACGAGCAGGCCGAAUUUGUGGUUCGAUUUACGGGAUCGCCCCUGCCAAAAAUCGCAUGGUUCAAGGAUGGUUUCGAGAUCUUCAGCAGCAGGCGAACGAGGAUCAUCACAGAGAGUGGAAAAAGCGUUCUUCUCAUUCAUCAAACAGCGCUCAACGACGAGGGAGAAAUAAAAUGUACAGCGACGAACCGAGCUGGCCAUGCUAGCACCAAAGCGAGAUUAAUCCUAGAAGCACCUCCAAAGAUACGACUUCCGCGCCAAUACGAGGACGGCCUUCUCUUCGAGCAGGACGAAACGAUCAGAUUAAAGGUGUCGUUAGCUGGAAGGCCUCCACCUUCUGUGAUUUGGUACCACGAUGGCGAGGUGGUCUCAAGCGACGAGAGACACGUCUUCGAGUCGAUGGACGGUGAAUCGAUCUUGAAGAUACCCGAUGCAAAACGAGUCGACAGAGGAGAAUACGUGGUUAAAGCGAUAAAUAAGCUUGGGGAGGACACGUCGUCGUUUCUGGUGACUGUGACAGAUCGACCUGCUGCGCCUGGAAAAGCGACAGUUACGAUGACGUUGGGAAGAUCGGUGUCAUUGACGUGGCAAGAGCCGGAAGACGACGGUGGUUGCAAGAUCGGCACAUAUAUCGUCGAAUAUUAUAGAAUCGGUUGGGACGUGUGGUUGAAGGCGACCACGAGUAGGCAAACUAAAGCAACGUUGUCCGAACUGAUCGAAGGAUCCGAGUAUAAAUUUCGAGUGAAAGCAGAGAAUCCGUAUGGAGUUAGCGAGCCAAGCGAGGAGAGUGAUGUAAUAUUCAUUCCAGAUUUGAAAAGAGGUAUAGUGGCGCCCUUGUUGAGCGGAAAAUCGCAGAGUCAAAGAGAAAUUAGAUCGCGAGAGAAGCGAGAAGUGAGUUUCGCCGUUCCAACCCAGAGAACCAGAAGUUUGACGAGAGAGGAGGCCCGAGACGACGAUAUUUUUGGGCCGGCUAGUCGUUCGAUAUCGGCUCAAAGACUAACAGGAAGGCCGUCCAGAGCUGACAGCAGGGUGACUUUUGCUUUGGACACAAUGGAUAAGUCGAAGCCACCUAUUCCACCGGCCAGAUCGAAGGAUCAUUCCAGUUCGAGGCAUGAGAAUCAGGUUGGAAAUCACGUGGAUCGUUCAACUGUUAACACGAAUCUAUCAAACACCGAGGUUUUAAUUCAAAAUAAGGAACCUCCAUCAAUUCAAAUACCACUGACAACUGUGACAGUGACUCCACCUACAAUGGAAGAAUCUAACAAGCGUUCAGCGUUCAGAGAAUCGCGUUCCCGAUCAGUUUCCAUGUCCAGAGAGCGUAGCAUGUCGCCAUUGUCGAUGCCCAAGAUUCAAGAACAGCACGAAGAAGAAACAUUCAACUAUUCGCGUCCAUCUUUAAGUUUAACUUUGAAGAAGCAGCAAGCCGACGAGGUUGAAACACCACGAAUAACGAAAAGUGAUAUUUUGUACGACAAAUUAGGAUUGCCCAUCUCCCCUAGAGAGGAUGAUGUCACCGUUAUGCACGGAAGUUCGGAAUUUAUGCUGGUUUUGUACCCAGAAGAUGAAGAGAAGAAAGUGGAUGACACAACGCGAAAAGAUUUAGAGGCAAAACAGGGUGCAACAGAGGGGGCAGAGGAUAUCGAGGACCUGAUACCACCACCUAUGUCCCUCUCCCUCCCAGAACUGUUCAGCGCUGAGCACCAAGUGGUAGAAACCCUGAGAGAGGCGGUUAGCUCCACUGAGCUCCUUCACGAGCGUGCCAUGGAACGUUUCUAUCGUGCAGUGGCGGCUGAAGAGGCAUCGGAACUGGCUAAAAGAAAAAGCCAACUCGAGAGAAGAACCGGGGAGCUGGCGACAACGAUAGCGAACAAGACAGGCGCCGAAGACAUCUCGGACAGCCAAAGAUCCUCGUUCAAACGGCGACUCUCCAACCCGAACGUUCCAUCCUCGAAUCUGAUUACCUGGCAGUCUAAGAAGAAUCGUAGAAGACUGAGCGACAGCCAAACGGAAACCAUCAAAGCGCCUCAGAAACUCUUGACCCCUACCACCUUCUUAUUGGACGUGGAGGCAAGGUCUGAUCCCAAUAUACCCAGCGAUUCCGAGUCACCGAUCGCGACGCAAUGGGGAUUGGAGAAUAAACCAAUUUUGGAGGACACGCCAUUGCGCAGGUGGCACGACACCAACGUCUCCUCAUUGGUCGAGGAGAGGCAGGAAGAGAAAUCGAUAGGCUGGCAAUCAGCGAGCAACGAGGAUGAGGAGGAGGAGGAGGAGAGUGUAGAAUCGUCGGAAGAAUCCUCGGAGGAGGUCAGCAGCGCCGACAGCGAGGAUUUGAAGCUUCUAAAAGCAAGAAUCCUUGCCAGACAGGUGCUCGACGAGGAGGACACUUAUCAUCCAAGGGGGAAGCCGAUUCUUCACGUUGAAACUGAGCAACCGAUCCGAUCUGUAGCCCUCGUCUCUCCCAGCACCGUGGUUCCAAAAUCGAUCCUGAAGAAGCCCAAAGAGGAGCUCCCGAUCCCCGUGAACAGUUUCGGCAGACCUAUCCCGCCCGAGAAACCUAUUAGAAGAUCAUUGCCUCCGAACGUUCAUCCGUUGAACAGGAACGAGCAGGAGGAGGAGGAAGCUGGCGAGGAGAGACAGGUCACUCCAGAGCCUGCCAGGGUACCGGUUAUGUCCGAGUCUGACACGGACAGCGUGUUGUCCGCGGGCGAAGCGGCCAAGAAUCGCAGGAUUCAGGCAAAGAUGAGAACAGCGACACCUGAGGAGGAGGUGGACGAGGAGGACAUCGAGGCGAGGAUGGCGGUGGUCAAUCACUACACCGAGAUAGUCAGGGAGCACUCCUCCCUCGCUCGUUAUCACAAUUACAGAAACUCCGAGGAGAGGAGACAGUUUGGAGGGGAGACAGCCGGUUCUAGGAGAUCCUCGAUCUCGGACGAUCAGGAGGCAAGUAAUCGAGGGAGAGAUCGUUUCGAGGGAAGGCAGGAGAGCGUCGAGGGGAGAAAGAGAGUUGAGGAGAGGCAACAAACGAAAGUUGUCGCUGGUUCUCGAGGUACGACUCCGGCCAGGGACACGAAGGAGAAACGAUCGAGCAGGCCGUCGUCCAGGAAUCAGUCCCCGGUUUCGAGGUCGAGGAACGUGUCCACCGAAAGAGGAGGAGUUUCCUCGAGGUCCUCGUCGAAGAGCAGAGUUCGUGCACCGUCCCAAGACAGAAGGCCACCUUCGAGGACCGGGUCUGAGGAGCAACGAUCCGUUCGAGAGUGGUCCGUGGAGGAGGGUAGAGGUGUGAGUGGUCGAUCGAGGAGAUCCUCUUCGAAGACACCUUCCAGAUCUAAUUCGAGGGACAGGAACAGAGCUGGGACUCCCGUCGAGUCGAAGAUGGAACGUCUCCAGAAAGCUUUGGAGAGCAAGAAGUAUCGAUCCUACUCUAGACGUGGAUCCAGCUCACGUGGCAGGGAUUAUCAAUCUGAGAAAGGUUGGCGGGAGAGCCGUUUGAACGAGGAACAACUUGCUAUAGAGGCGAAACAUAAUGUGAGAUCGACGGUGGAGUACAUAACUGAUCUAACAUUGUUGCUUGCCGCUGUCUACGUUUAUCUGUUCAAGAAGGAGACCCUGGCGAUUCCCUUCAUAGCGCUUCUGUUCUAUAGAAGAAUCCAGCAUGAGAUCAAGGGAAGAACUUCGAGAUUUAAAGGACCGCCACGAUGGCUGGACCCGGACCAGGCACUUCCGGUUCAGGGACGCGUCGGUGAAGACAUCGUUAUCGAGCCGAGAUUACGAUGGUCCGAUGUUUUCGACGAGCUACGAUUUGAACUAAUACGCGGGGAUGUACCGAUACCGUCCGACAGAUACAGGGUACAAAUGAGAGGGAACGUGGUCCAAUUGACCCUGAAGCAGUCGCAGAAAGACGACACUGGGCAUUACGCUCUUGUGGCCACGAGAGUUGGCCAAGGAUUCGAGAAAGGAUCCUCGAAGAAGAUUCAUCUGAGCGUGGACGAGGCCAUCUCGGAAGAGGGUGAUCCACCGAUCUUCCUUCGAAGAUUGACAGACCUUGCGGUUAAAGUUGGAACCAGGACCAGAUUCCUCGUGGAAAUUCGAAGUUCGACCACACCGAAGAUCACUUGGCACAGAAAUGCCGAGCAGAUACACGCCGGUACGAGAUUCUCCUUCGUCCACGAGGGAAACUUCUACUGCGUGGACGUGGCUCCCGUCACGGUCGAGGACGAAGGGCACUGGACCUGCAUGGCGGAGAAUCGAGGGGGGCGAUCGUCCUGCACGUCUCGCCUCACCGUGAUCGUCCCAAAAGCUUACAAAAGACCAGAAUUCGUGGAGGAGCUACGGGCUCUCCUUACAGAGACUGGAACAGUGUCCUUGGAGUGCAAGGUAGUCGGUGUGCCCACCCCCGUGUUGAGAUGGUUCAAGGACAACAAAGAAAUCAAGGCUGGCGAUGUAUUCGCUUUAACUGCCAAUCUCGACGAUCCAACAUCCCUUGGAAUUUACACUUGCGAGGCAGUGAAUUGUAUGGGAAUUGCUUAUUCCUCUUCAAAAGUACAUGUAGUCGGAAAAGGUAGCAGGGAGGGUUCUCUGAAACCAGCUGAUUCCUUGACACCGUUCGGUCCUCUUCCUAUCUUCACGAAAAUUCUGCAAGACGAGUGUUGCAGGAUUGGAGACACUCUCAGGCUUUCUUGUCAAGUUCAAGUACCACCAUGGCCGAAAGCAAUUACGUGGUACAACAAGGAGGGGCGCAUCGAGGCCAGCGAAAAAUAUCACGUGAUGGAGGAUGGCCUUGGUGGAUACUCUAUAGAGGUAAACCCUGUCGAAGCCAUGGACGAGGGCGAGUGGAAGUGCGUCGCCACGAACGCUGAAGAUAUGAAACAGUUUACUACUUGCCACGUUGCAAUGUCCAUUCCAAAGAAUUAUAGGAAACCACGCUUCAUGGAAAGCUUGAAAGCUGUCCUAACUGAAGAAGGUCUGGUGUCGUUCGAAUGCAAAGUCGUAGGAUUCCCUACGCCAUUGCUCAGGUGGUUCAAAGAUGGUCAGGAAUUAAAACCAGGAGAUGUUUAUCAAUUGACUGGGACUAACUCCUUAGGUUCCUAUUGUUGCAUUGCAAGAAACUGUAUGGGAGAGGCAAAGAGUACAGCCGAAUUAACGAUCGAAGAUAUUCAAAAUCAAUUAAACGAAGAAGAACGCCUGCAAUUGUUAAAUACGAAUCAACCACCCAUUUUUAUCAAAGGUCUUAGAAGUUGCGAGGCGAGGAUCAACGAAGAUUUUCGAUUUACAGUGCAAGUCAGUAUUUCCCCAGAGCCAAGCUUCUCUUGGUACAGGGACGAUACACCGGUGGAGGAGAACGAGAGAUACCGAGUUGCCAAGGAAAAUCUUGGCAUCUGCCACCUUGAUGUACAAAAACUCGAAUUCGUCGAUCAAGCCGAGUGGAAGUGCGUUGCUUCCAACGAUCACGGUCAAAGCAUCACUUCCUGUUUUCUGAAACUAAUCAUUCCCAAACAUUACAAGAAACCGAAAUUUCUUGAGAGUUUGCGCGCCAUAUUGUCGGACGAGGGUGCCGUAAACUUGGAGUGCAAAGUGAUCGGUGUUCCGCAACCGAUUCUCAAAUGGUACAAAGAUGGCGUCGAAUUGAAGCCAGGAGACAUUCACAGGAUCAUUUCCGGCCAAGAUGGCACCUGUUGUCUUGGAACUUACACCUGCGAAGCGACCAAUUGCAUGGGAACUGUCAGCAGUUCUGCCUCUCUUCUUGGCUUUGAAGAUAAAUUGCCAGUUCGAAAGGAGAUAAAGGAGCCACAAUCUCCAAAUGGCCACGAACUUGCCAGAAAUUUGUCGCUCUCAACAAUUCAUGAAGAAAGAACGUCUCAAUUAUACGAUACACCCCAAACCGACCAUUCCGUCACGUUAGAUGAUCGAGGGGAAGUAUCAUUCAGCUUCGAUGGUAAAGAGGUUUCCGUCAGCCUCUACGAAACUCCUGAUCUCACCGAGGAAGAAGCUCUUCAAAUUGUCGAGAUGUAUGCUGAUCAAUUGUCUGAACAUGUUACAGAGCACAACGUGAUCGAACUUCCGCCAAUGCGAUUCGUAAAAGAGUCCUCUAAUUCUGGUAACCUGUUGAUGGAGGCAGUGGUGAUCGAUGUGUCUCCAGACUACUUCGUCAGCGCGGAAGACGGCGACGACCUUCGUACGGAGGCCGACUUUGAGGACGUCUCCAUAAUGGACGACGUGACUCGAGUGUUCUCGUCCCCGGAACAAGAUUCUCGCAGCUCUCUGAAGAGAUCUGCCAGAUACAGUUUGGACGAGGACGACAAACCGCCAAUUAAACCGCCCAGGAAAAAGUCGAGCUCCUCGUCGAAGAGCGAGAAAAGCGAGAAGAGUCAGAAGAUGGAGUCGGAAAGCUUCCACAGCGCCCAAAGGGACGAGCCAUUUUCACCAGUCUCUCCUAUGUCUCCUGUAUCCUCGUUGAAACAAGAUGACAGCGACACUUUCGCCGACGCUCUCUCCUCCGCAAGAUUAUCCAUCUCUGAGAAUCAAAUCCAGAAAGGGAACGAAGACAUUCGAGAGAGGAAACGUAGUCUGAGCGGGGAGAAAACGACCGGUUCCAGCGUGGACGAUGGGAUAGGCGGCGACUCCUCUUUCGACUCUGUAACCGGCGCUGCAAAGAAGAAGAAGAAGCAUCGAAAAAAGAAGCACAGACGAGAGAAAGGUAGCUCGGAGGAAUCAUCUAUUGCCAGCGAGAUCGAUGGAAAACGCAAAGAAAGUGGACCGUUAAGAGCCAACAUCGAGACGCUUCAACGCAUAGAGUCUGUAAAGAAGAUUGAAAAAGCGUACGUAGAAGAAGCGGCUGAAAAAUCUGACGAAAGGAAGCAAAGCGUCGAUGAAUCUGAUAAAUCUUUGUCGAAGAGUAACAAGGAGAGAUUGUUGGACAAUAUGAGAAAAAUGAAAGAACCCGUGCUGAUAGUUCGCAACACUUUGGUUAGCAUCGACAGCUUGGAGGCCAAAUUAAACAGCGGUAGCGAGGAAGAAUGUGAAAGAAUUGUGAAGGAGAACGUGAUUAAACCGAUUCAAACGCUGUGCGAGGAAGUCUCGUCCAUAGAGUCUAAAGCAUUGAAAAGUGCAGGAGACAGAUCGUUGAAUCAGACGGUACGAAUCUCCCUUUUGGAAUCCAUCGGAGGCCCGACUGAGGAACUUCUUCGCGGCAUGGAAUUGAUAGAACGCCAAGAGAACGUUAAGAACCGUAAGAUGGAUUUAAUCGCGAUUUUAGAAAGCCUCACGGAUCCCGUCGAUGAGAUCCUGAUGGGGAUCACUAAGAUCGAGCACGAAUUGACAGGUCGUGCAAAAGGUGAGAAACCUAUCGCUCUGAUCAGGAUGACAUCCGCGGUCUCUAAGCUCGACGAGAACGUGAGAGAGGUUUUGACCGUGGACAGAAGAGCUUCGCGAUUAGUGGCUAGAUUCGACGAGAUUCUGAACACGUUGGAUUUCUUCUUGAACGACGUUUCCGUGGAUCCAACUAAGGGAACGAUUGAAACUGUAGACACCAUUGUGGUUGAGUCUCUUUCGAGGUCUGUUGAGGACAUGGCUCGAGUUUUAGCUCGUUUCUCCGCGAUCGAAUCAAAAAUUGAAGGAGCGUCUAAAGUCAUAGACGAGUUAAUACUUCCGACCCGUGAACUGAAGGCAAAAUUGGACACGCUGAGAUCAGCAUUGGAGACUUACGAGACGAGAGGAAUUUUGUCUGAACAUCGAACAAAACUGAUAGAAUCUUUGCAAGAUUCUGUCGGACAGAUCAUCGAGGAAAUUAACAAGGUGAAAGACGAGAAGCCGGUCGAAGAUCAUAAAAUAGCGCUGAAAGAAUCUAAGCAAGAUGUUCUGAAAGAGGUGAGGCUCACUCUUCAAGAAGCUUUGAGAUCAUACGAAAACGUGGCGGGUAAUCUUGAUCCUCGGCUGUCUUCGAUUUUCGAUCGAAUUGAUGAGAUGUAUCGAAGACUGAAGACUCCUCAGAAACGAGAGAUAGGUGUAGAAUCGUUGGUAAGCCUGGAAAGUCUUCUCUAUUCCCUCCAAUGCACUCUUACGUCGACCGAGAACUGUGAAACAGUGUUUAAGCUGUUAGAACCCGCGAUCUCUCAAUUGAAAUCGACGAUAACGAACCUGAACGAAAAAUCCUUGCAAUCUGUACUGGACAUGGUGAAUAAUCUUGAAAAAACUGUUCGUGGAACUGAGGACGAACAGGAAGAUACGAUAUCUUCGAAAUCGAUUCAAGGAGAGCCACAAAAUUUGACUGAUAGAAUUUUAGAUUCAUUGAUAGACGUUCAAUCGGCUCUGAGUGCUGCUCUACAGAGCAUAGAAGACGUGGAUUCGGUUACAAAUGGUGCGACGAAUUCUCAAAAAUUGCUAGCUUCCUCGGACAUAACUGUUUGUCUUGUAGAGCUUAGACAAUAUGUGUCUGAUGUGGCUCACAUAGCGAUGACACUGAAAGAAGAUCAAACAUUGAACAGUCUGUUGGACGUGAAAGAACCGUUGAUGGACCUUCAGGAAGCUCUUGUUUCGAAGGAAAGAACGUUCCAGGAACUUGAAAUGAUACGUAAAAUAUCGAUUCCCAUAGAGAAAUUAAAGGUAACGGUAUCGAAAGUGUUGUUCCAUUGUCAAUCACAAGAAGCCAUCAACUCGAUAAAAGAUUUAUCGACGAUAUUGGAAGAAAUCGAAACUCAAUUGCCAAAGACUGAAGCCCGAUUAGUGGAGGCUGAAGAAGCGACUAAACAUUAUUUGCAAAGUUUAAACACGGAUCAGAAUCUUAGCAAUGUUCAUUUCGCUCUUUCGUCAGCCUUAGAGAGACACGAGAGAAGUUUUCCUGCACAUACUUCGAGUCUAACCAUUUGUGUCGAAGAUCUUCGACAAAAUAUUGGCUCGACAGCAGUGGCAAUCGCCAACUUGAAGAAUCCAAUAGACGAACAGAUCGUAGCUCAAGUGUAUUUGCUGAAGGAUAGUCUGUUGAGCCUUCAAAGAUCUCUGUUGACUCAGGAACACGAGCCUGAGGAGGAACAGAUCUUGAAAGAUCUGUUAAAUCCAAUCGAGAAGUUGAAGAGUUUGAUUCAAAAGAUGGUAGACAGCAAGGCAAAGACAGAUUUAAUUCUUCCCGUUUUGGAGCUUUUGGAAGAGAUAGAAAAGGAUACUCCAUUGAUCGCUAAAGAAGCGUCGAAGAAAAAAGCUCGAAGAGAGGCAGAGAAAUUAAUUCCUAAGAAGGAGGAACCGAAGGAAGAAAAAAUUAAAUCGUUUGCUCUGGCUAAUAGAAUCAAUAGAUCAUUGGAUCCCAUGAAACACUGGCUAUCUACCAUAUCAGAUGACAGUGCAAAGGAUGAAGAAGAAUCUGUUCUGAGCUCAACUGUCGAGGAUUUGAAACGAGAUGUGAACAAAAUUGCUAUCGAGACCUCAUACUCAGAGCCUCCUAGUGAUGAAAAUUUGAUAGAGGCCUUGACUGGACUCCGUGAACCUUUGACAAGAUUACGAAACGCCAUAUCGAUGUAUCACGAACCAGCAGACUUGUCUACUUUAGAAGGAUUGAGCAGACCCAUGAAAUAUCUUCUGCAAACUGUCAUGGAUGUUCUUGGAGACCACGCUGAAGAAGAAUCGUUAAGGCCUAUAAUUGAUAUUGUGGAAGAAAUCGAGAAUCAAAUACCUAUUUCCAUCAAGGAAGUGCUUUACAAAAAGGAAUUGAAAGAGAUGGUAAAAUCAAUGACACAAGAAGAAAAGGAAAUAAUUGGAACAAUGACUUCUCAAGACGUCACCAUUCAGGAAGAAUCUAUUCCCUUGGAAACCAUCAUCAAAGAGAAAGAAGAGAUUAUAUCGAAUAUUUCUCAAGAAACUAUUCCUGAAGGCACUCUAAUGGAGAGUACUACGGUAUUACCUGAAACACAAUUCACUGAAUCGAUAAUGGAACAGACUAUAGGUGAAGAAAUCAGCUCUCAAAAAACGGAACAGUUGCUUACGACGAUAGAAGAAUUACCAAAAGGAAAAGAAGACGCGAAGAAAAUAAAGAAGGAAGAAGAAAUGAAGAAUUUGAUUUUCUCGUUGUCGAAGACGUUAGAUACAGUUCAGAUGGAUAUGACGAGUAUUUUGGAAGAUUUCGAGGAGCCUACCACUGGAGCCAUCAUUGUUCCAGUCUCUCUGUUGGCCAAUUCUUUGGAAGAAUUCAGAAAAACGAUCUCUUCGAUGCAAGUAACGAUUGAAACUCGUGGAAAAUCCGUAGAAUCUCGUGAAGAAAUCGUCAAUGAAACCGUUUCCAUAAUACAAAGUCUCGUGCAGCCAUUAAAUAAUCUCCAAAAGGUUCUCCAACAAUCUCAUCAACAUGGCGCCCGAGAGUUGGUAAUUCUAAAUCAUUUAAUCUUACCUUUGAACGUAAUCGAGACAGAAAUAAUUAACUAUGCAAUUCAAAAGCUCGAUCAAAACUCUGAAUUGAAAAAAAAUUGGGAACCAAUUCUGAAUCUUCUCAGAGACAUCAAAGACACGAUACCAAUCAUCGUAAAAGAUAUACAUUCUAGACAAGAGCUUCUUGGAUUUCUUCGUGAGGUUUUGAAACCCUUGAAGAAUAUCGAGGAACGAAUGAAGAUUCUUGAGAAUCAAGCUGAGGACACAUUAGAGACAGACGUGGCAAGAAUUCUGGUAGAACCUUUAGAUCAUUUAUUGAAUACCAUUAAUAUCACAUCUCAGGAACUUGAGCUAUUGGAUCAACGAAGAGUUAUCAUCGUAGAGUUUCGAAGCCUCGUUGGACCUCUGGUGGAAUUUCUAAGUAGUCUUUCAAUGGUUCAAAGCAGUCGAAAAAGCUUGGUUCCAGAGGGAGCAUUAUUGGAUGAAAGAAGAAGCGUUAUUUCGAAAGCUGUGGAAGGUCUUCAAAGGCAAGCUUCGGCCAUCUUGGACAGAAUCUCUAAUCUAGAAGGCGCCACGAUGUUCGAAAGUGCAUUGAACUCCUUGAAAAAUGCUUCCAUUUCUGUUCUGAAGCAAAUUGGCAAGACUGAUUAUUCACGAAGAUCCAGCACUGCUGAGUUCACUCUUCAAUACAAUCUUUCGACCUCGUUUAAUCACUUGAAAAACACGAUUGCAACUUUGGAAAAAAGCGUAGAUAAACCGAUCCAUGAAAUAAUUAUCAAAUCUUUGGAAGGUUUGCAGAAACAAAUUACAUUGUCGGAGACGCAUUUUAUGCAAACGUACAUCGAACAACGAGUUGACGAAGAAGCUAUCGUAGAGGGAUUUCUUUAUCCGACUAAUCAGCUUCGAUCAGCUCUGAAUACUUUAAAAGAAAAAAUUGAAAAGAAAGAAAUAUCGAUGGUUUCGAGUCAAUCUGUGACACUUUUUCAAGCUUUGGCUAAUUCUACGACUGAGCUGGCUUCUUCUUUGUCGCUUCAUCGAGCCCAAUUGAUUCGAGAAGGAGAAUCUGAAGGAUCUUCUCUUGUGGAAACUUUGUCUGCCAUGGUGGAUGUUUUAGAAAGUGUAAAAGGUUCUAUAAUAGAAAUCGAUAAAAUGAUAAACGUAGAGAAAACAAUGACAGAAAAAGAAAAAGUAGAAAAAGAAAAAGACCAAAGAAUCGAAGAACAAAAUAUUUUACCGAUUACUAUUACGCAGAUUGAGACAAUUAUUGACGAGAUUAUCGAAGUUUCGAAGGAGGAAGUGGAAAGUGUGUUAACUAUCGAAAAAUUAUCACCAGAGAAAGAAAUGGUGACGAUAGAAGAAAUGAAAUCUGAAUCUGAAAAAGAAAGAAAGAGUGUUUCAAAAAUUGAUGAAGAUAAUGAAGAAUCUUUAAUGAAAAAAAUUGAAUUAAAAGCAACUGAAAAAAUUGAAAUUCUUGAAGGAAUGAAAGAAGAAAAAACAGAUGAUUUUCAAGAUGUGAAAACAGAAAAGAUUGACACUCUUAAGACAAUGAAAGAAGAAAAGGCUGAGAUAAUUGAAGAAAUAAAAGAAGAGAAAAUGGAAACUUUGGAAGAAAUGAAAGAAAAAAAAAUUAUUGCUCCUGAAGUGCCAAAAGAAAUACAACUUGAAUCGCUCGAAAAAAUAACAGAACAAAAGGUUGAAAUGCACGAAGCAACUCAGAAAAAAGAAGAAAUUAAAACUAUCGAAGAAAAAAUUGAAGAUAUUGAAAGAAAGAGAGAAGAAAAAGUCGAAACUGAAGGAAUGGCAGAAGAAAAAAUUAAAAUUCUCGAAGAAAAAAUUACAGAACAAGAACAAGAGCAAAAAAUUGAAACUAUUCAAGAAAAAAAAGAAAUAGAAAUAACAAAAGCAGAUGAAAUAAAAAUAGAAGAGGAAUCUGAAAGAGUAGAAGAAAAUGAAGAAAACACUGAAAAGAAAAAAGUAAUAGAAAUAAAAGAAUACAGUGAUGAAACUGUAUCUCCAAAAGUAGAAAAAGAAAUUAUUGAAUCAUUGAUAGAAAAAAUUGAAGAGCAGAAAGAAAUAGAAGAAUCACAUGAAAGAAUAGAAAAAGAACAAAUACAAAAAGAACAAAAAAUAGUCGCGAUAUUAGAAAAAACAAAAGAAGAAAAUUUGGAAAUCUUACCUCAGGAAGAUGAAGAACUCACUCAAAAACAAAAAAAAUUUGAAAAAACAGAACUAAUAAUAAAGAAAGAAGAAUCUGUAGAAAUAUUAGCUGAAAAAAUUGAAGAACUAGCAAUAAAAGAAGAAAAAGUAGACAUUUUAUCUGAAACGCCACAGGAAUUGGAGAAGAUUGUGGAAAAAGUAGAAGUUUCCCCUGAAGAUAAUCAAAUUUCAUUAAUAAAAGAAGAAAAACCGGAAAUUCUAAUAGCAAAGACGGAAGAAAUAAUUAAAGUUCCGGAUAACCAAAUGACAUUAUCUGAAGAGACGAAACAAUUGAUAAACAAAGAAGAAAAAUCUGAAGUACUAGAAAAAUCGCAAGAAAUAUCUACUCUUGAAAAAAAUGUGGAAGAACUAAGCAAACAAAAAAUAGAAUUAAAAAAGGAACAAGAAGAAAUUCAUAAGCCAGCAGAUGAAGAAAUAGAAAAACAAACGAGUAGUGAAAUAGAAAUAGAAAAAUCUAAAAAAAUAGAGGAAAUAUUAAAUCAAGAAACAAAAAUAAAAGAAUCCAAAAAAUCAGAAUUAUUAACGGAAGAACAAAAUAUAGAAAAAAUACAAAUAGAAAAAAAAAUUGAAGAAUCUUCUGAUAAAAUAAAAGAUGAGAUACAAAAAGAUGAAAGCACAGAAUUAACAACCAAAAAAGAUAAAGAAAUAGUAAAACAAGAAGAGAUGAUAGAAACUUUGACCGAAAAAAUAGAAGAAUUGACAAAAAUUGAAGAGGAAGCAAAACAAGAAAGGAGAGAAGAAGCAAAAAUAAAUUUCAUACAAAAUACAGCAUUGUCGAUCAAUAUUAUGCAACAACCCUUCAAAGAACUAACUAAUCUCGUAUCUGUAGCUUUAGAAGAACCACUCUCUUCGAGAUCUGAAGAAGAAAAACGAAGAAUACGAGAAUUAACUGCCCUGAUACAAAUUCUUUACGAUUUAAAAGCAACGAGUACAUCGACUCGAAAUACAUUAUCUUCUUCUUCAAUCCCAGAAUUAGAAGUGCAAUUUAUUCGUCUAUUAGAUACCUUAAUAAACGUUGAACAAGCCACAGAAAAAAUUCUUUAUUUAACUCAAAAAGAUUUAGCUCCAGCAUUGAAGGAAAAUGUGAUGGUGUCGCUGCAAGUACUUUUAGAACCAUUGAAAUCUCUUCAACAUGAACUUUCUUCUCUUCAACAAACAACUUUGCAACUUCCUAUGGAAUAUUUCUUCUUGUCUACAAAUGCACAAAGCGUAAAUGAAAUAAUUUCCGAACUUGUAAAAGUGAUACUAAAGACAGCAGAAAUGAAGAGUAUGAAGGUAGUCGAGGAAAUCAAAGUAAUGAAAUCGAAAGAAGAAAAUCUCAAUAUCGAAGAAACCACAGCGAAACCUCUGGAAGAACUCAUAGAAGUCCUCAUGGUUUCUCAGGAACAAGUAAAACCUGUCUCUCUAAUUGAUUCUGUUUCACCUUCAAUAGAAUCAGUCGAAUUAAUAGAGCAACAAGCAUUAAUUAGUGAAGAAGAAAUAAAAUUAGACACAUAUCUCAUGGAACAAAUAGUAAGUCCAGUACAAAAUCUGCGUGAAAUGAUUGCGAAGAUAGAGGAGCAAACAUUGGAAGAGACUGAAACAUUAGAUUUACCUACAAAAAAGACAGCUGCUGUUAUCUUGAGUAAUAUUAUCCAUCCUCUGGAAAAGUUGGAGCAAUCUUUAAAUGUUUCUGUUCAGCAACAAGCAUUAGCAACUGAAGAAAUCACGGAGGAAAUAAGACAACCUGUUCAAUCGUUACAAUCAAUUCCAAUGGCUAAUGUUCUAGAAGAAUUGAAGAGAUCUAUCGUCAUGAUUCAAGAAGAAAUGAUCCUAGAAAGUGAGGAAAUGAAGAAUUCUGAAGGCAAAGCACAAAUUACAAACGAGAUACAGCAAUCAUUGGAAAAUCUUAAAUUCUCUGUUGGUGCAGUACAAAAAGUCAUAAUGGAAGUUGAAAAUGUAAAUACAGUAUCCAAUAUAGAGAAAGCAUUGGCUAUCCAAUCCUUCGUCGAAUCAAUGAAAGAAUUGGGAGACAAAUGUAUGGCAAUUGUCAAUCAAUCUACAGUAAAAGUAAAAGUUUCUGAAAAGAUCCAAAAAGAGGAAUUGGAGCAAGUUUUAGAAGUGAUGGUCCAGCCUAUUCAACUAUUACGCGAAACAGCUGUCGAGAUUGAAGAACAGAAAGUCGAAGAAAUUCAAAAUCUGGACGAAACGAAUAAGGAUAUAGUCGAGGUUUUGAAACCUCUGAUCCAUCCUCUAGAAGAGUUGGAAGAACUCCUGUGCACUGCUGUUCGCGAAGUGAGCGCAUCAGAAAUAAAAACAGCUGAAGAAGUAAAGAAAACUGCGGGAGAAUUGAAACUAAGUCCUGUGUUGGAAAAACUACAAAAGUCUAUUGCUGUAAUAGAGGAACAAACAGCAUUGCAACCGAAGAAACUCGAUGUGUCUGCCACAAAAGUGGAAGCAUCCGUUGCUGAAUUAAUAGAAAGUCCAUUGGAGAAUCUAAAAUCGGCUGUGGCAGCCAUACAAACUCUCGAAACGGAAGAGGCUAAAGAAUUGUCAAAUGAAGAGAAAACAACAGCUCUGAAAACGUUUGCCAAGUGCAUGGAAGAGAUAGCAAAAGUGUGUUCAGUUGUCUCUAGCGAACAAAAAGUUCAAGUAAGCUUGGUGCAACAGCCACAAAUGGCUAAACUCGAAUUUAGCCAACAAGCUUUGGAGACUAUAGCAAGUCCAAUUCAAGUUUUGCGCGAAACCGUUUCGAAACUUGACGAACAACAAACACAAGAGGUUGAAACUCUAGUUUUGACGGAAACAAAAGAAGCAGCGACUGUUUUGCAUACUCUGAUCGAACCAUUGGAACUGUUGGAAAAAUCGUUAUCCAUAACUGUUGAACAGAUGAGCACGAUUAAGGAAGAAGGACAAGAUUUGAAGGAUAUUGAAUCUUUAGUAAAAUUAAACGUGGAGCCUGUUUUGGAACAAUUAGAAAAAUCGAUUGCAGUGAUUCAAGAACAGGUAUCUUUAGAACCAUCCAAAGAAGAACCAAGCGAUAAAUUAGAGAUGUCAGUCGUAGAAGCUAUAGAAAAACCAUUGGAGCACUUGAGAUCUUCAGUAGCGACUGUUCGAGAAAUAAUGUGCCUUGAAACAGAGCAAGCUGGUGAUUUAAUUGAUAAAACAUCGAUUUUGGAAUCAUUCGCAAAAUCCAUGGAAGAAAUUGGUCAAAGAUGUCUGGCAGUGGUAUCUCAACAGCAAAUAAAAAUACAACUGAUUCCUAAACAAUUGGAAAAAUCACAAAUAGCAAUAUUGGAAAUGGCAAUUAAUCCUCUUCAAGUUUUAAAAGAAACAAUUAAUAAAAUCGAGGAAGAAAAGCUGCAACAAGUCGAAGCUCUCGAUUCUUCCAAAAUGACUGAAGAAAGAAUAUUUAAAACAGAUAUAUUAAACGUCUUAGUAGAACCGUUACAGAAAUUAGAAACUUGUUUAUCCUCCACUGUUCAACAGGCUGUCUCGAUAAAAGCUGAAAAGACGGAAGAGAUAUCAGAAGAAACACUUUCCACGGAAAAAUUGAACGUGUCACCUGUCGUAGAAGAACUUCAGAAAUGUGUAGUAAUGGUGCAAGAACAAAUGAAACUGCACGCAACAACAAUACAAUCAUCAGCUCCUUUCAUGCAAACAGCUGAGAAGUCAUUGGAAGAACUGAAUUCUUCUCUUAAGAUCAUUCAAAGCGUGAUUACUGUUGAAUCGAGCGAAGAAGAAAAAUUAUCGGAUAUUGAAAAAGUGGCUGUCUUGGAACAUUUUGCCAAAUCAGUGCAAGAAUUUGAAGAAUGCUUGGCUGUGGCCAAUCAGCAGCAAGUGGAGGUAAAGGAAACGGUAAGUGAGCUGAAGGAAACUGAAAAACUGGAUGCACGAGUUCUUAAGACAAUUAUUGCACCGGUUCUUGCAUUGCGCCAGACUAUUAUGAAGAUACAGGAAGAAAGCUUGGAAGAGAUAGAAACACUGGAUACGAAAAAGAUAGAUGUGCAGACGUUGACUUCAUUGGUGCAUCCUCUUGAAAAAUUAGAAAGAUCUCUGAUACAUGUUGUUCAACAGGCGAGUAGACAGAAACUCGAAACUGUGGAAGAAAUAAAAGAAGAAAUUCCUCGAACGAUGGUUCUUCAACCAAUUUUGGAAGAAUUGAAAGAAAGCAUGGUUAAUGUUCAAGAACAAUUAACUGCGAGUUCAGAAAUGUCUAAAUUAGAAGCUGUUGAAAAUAUCGUUACAGCAAUUGAGGAAUUGAAGACAUCUACCAGUGCUAUUCAGCAAGUGGUCGCAGAAGAAACCGAAGAAAUGAAGAUUGAGAAAACAUCUGUAUUGGAAGCCUUUACUAGAUCAAUACAACAAUUAGAAGAACAAUGCUCGACAAUAGUUAAACGACAGAAAACAGAAACGAACUUGAAAGAAGAUAAGAAACAACAAGCAAAAGUAGAUGUAGAAAUUCUUCAGAAAAUUAGUAACACGGUUCACAUUUUACGAGAAUCAUUCACACACAUCGAAGAAGAAAAGGAGCUUGAAGAAUUAAAAAUACCAAAAGAACAAGAAAUGAAAUUGAAUAUUCUUAUAGAACCAUUGUAUAUCUUAGAACAAGCUUUGUUGACUGCGAUAGAGGAAGGAAAAUUCGUAGGAGAAGAAACUGCGGAAAAAUUGAAGAAAAAUGAAGUGGCUAUCGAAAAAUUGAAUUUACAACCUGUUCUGGAAGAAUUACAGAAAUCUAUCACCAUCAUUCAACAUGAAACGAGUGAAUCAGCUUCAACUUCAGAGACUACUAGUGAAAUUGGUUUAACGAAAGCGUUGAUUGAAAAGACGUUGGAAGAAAUGAAGUUAUGUGUAGCAAGUGUUCAAGAAAUCACAAUUGCCAAGCAAGAUGAAAUGAAAGAAUUGAAAACAGGAGAAGAAAAUUCCCUUUUGGAGGCUUUUGCAAGAUCAGUGGAAGAAGCUGGUGAAAAAUUGUUGGGUGCAAUAAAGCAACAGGAAGUGAAGAAGUUUGUAGAAGAAGCCUCAAUAAAGAAAAAAGUAAACGAGGAUUUUGCGAAAAUCAUAAUAGAACCGAUUAAUGCGUUGCAAAAUACGAUUAUGAAUAUAGACAAGGAAAGCGAAUUAUUAGGAAAGAAGACAAAACAGGAAGCUGUGAUCUUAUUAAACAUGGUGGAGCCGCUUCGCAAACUCGAGGAAUCGUUCUUAUCAGCCAUGAAGAAAGAAACAAUAACCAAAUACGAGAUUAUCGAAGAAAUUUCUCAGGCAAUUCCAGCGUUGCAAGAAUUGCCAGUCAAGUCUACGUUGGAAGAAUUGAACGAGCAAGUUUCAGAAAUACAGAAACAGUUAAUCCUUGCCAAAGAAACCAUAAGCUUAACAGGUGACACCGAAGAUUUCGCUGCCAUAAAAAAUUUGGAAAGAUCGUUGAGCGAUCUAAGAACGUCCGUAGCUAUUGUUCAACAGUUGACAACAAUAGAGAAACCUGGCCAACAAAUUCUAGACGUCGAAAACGCAUCCGCAUUGCAGGCAUUUGGAAAAUCCGUGGAAGAGUUCAAGAAACAAUGCACCGCCAUUGUUUCGAGACCAAAAGUGAUUGCCACAAUUUUAGGAAAGAUAGAAUCGCAACAGGCAAUUAAGCUCGAAACUGAAAUGGCGCACAUUCUUGUUCCUGCUAAAUUGUUGCAAGAAUCCAUUUCGACGAUAGAGGAGAUCAAACUCCAAGAGGUGAAAGCAUUGGAGACACCGGAAACGAAGAAAUCUGUCACGAUACUGAGCGAGCUUAUACCACCACUGCAACAAUUGGAGCAAUUUUUCGUCGCUGCCAUUCAAGGGGAACACGUGAUGGAGCAAGCAAUAGAGGAGAUCACGAAGGUUGAUCGAGUGUCGUUCGAGAAAACGACAUUGAAACCAAUACUGGAAGAGUUUCAAAAAUCAAUCGCAACGAUCCAAGAGCAUAUAACGAUCGAGGAAGGUGUGGAAAAUUUGUCAGAAGUCGAAAAUGCUUCUCAGUUGAAGACAAUGGCGCAAACGUUGGUAGAUUUGAAGACUUCGGUAGCCGCCGUUCAACAAGUCACUGAAUCCAUUCCGGAAAUAGCGAGUGAAUUGUCCAAAGCUGAGAGUGUGUUCGAGACGUUUGCCAAGUCUCUUCACGAUUUGGCAGAACGCGUGGCGGCUGUAGAUCAUCAGCAGAUGAUCAUUGAACCGAUAGCAGACACCAUAUCAGAGGAUGUGUCGUCCUUGAAAACUUGGGCGGAUGUUGUGGAAGAAUUGAACAUUCAGGUGACAGAACCGAUGGUGGUGGAUCAAGGUACGGUGGAGUCACCCUCUGAAAUGGCUCUGUCGAUUUCUGAGGAGGAGACACAGGCAUUAAAAGGCUUGGCCAAACCUCUAAGCGAAUUGAAAGAAUGUUUGGCGAUAGUUGUAGAAGAACGGAAAUCGAUGGACGCGAACGAGGUGACAUUUGCAUUGUCAGAGAAGGAGGAUCUAUCUUUAUUGAAGACUAUGGCGCAACCAUUGCUGGAACUAAAAAAUGCAGCAGCUUCCGUUAUCCUCGAGCAAACCACUAUCGAAUCUGCUAAAGAGAAAUCGUUUGAUAGUGAAGAGAGGAUGGAAACUACUCUGAAUCCGUUGAUUGAACCUCUGGAAGAACUUUGCAAUUCGAUCGCGUUGAUCGAAGAUCAUAUGCUGAUUGAAUCCGCGAUAGAUCGACCUGUUGAUGAAGUAUCCUUGCUGACUGCUUUGGCUGAGCCUUUAAUGACACUUCACAGAAGUAUCUCGAUACUUGAAGAACGAGUAAUGUCGCCUGACGUAGAGCCAAUUCCAGAGGAAUCGACUAAUUGGAUCACGGAGUGUUUAGCGGUCCCAUUGCAAGAGAUAGAGAGAUCUAUAGCUGAAAUUCGAGAAUGCGUUGUGGUAGAACCAGAACCUGGAAUUGCUGAAGAAUUCUCGAGGAUCGAUACACCAGAUUGGACUGUGGUUGAAAAAUUAGUACAACCAGUGGAAGUUAUAAAAUCAACGAUCAUUGAAAUGGAGAAAAAUAUUAUUGAAAAUAAAGAGAUGGAAAGAGAAAUUGAAUAUGAGACAAUCAAAAUACUGGUGCAGCCUCUGAAUGAUGUGUACGAAAGCUUCAUGGUGUUAAAAAACAAAACUGAUAUGAGUGUUGAAGAAGAAGAAGCUAGUAUCGAUGCUAUCGUAGAUUCUUUGUCAAAUUUGGAAAAAAGUAUAUCAUUAAUUGAGGAACAGUUUGCUGAGAAGAAACAAAUUUCAAGUAUGGAUGAAACUAUAAUUGGAAUAUUGAGUGAACCUCUGAUGCAAUUAAAGGAAAAGAUUAUGACAGUGGAAGAAUCGUCAACCGCAUAUCUUGAAAAUUUGGAGAAACCUUUGAAGAAUUUACAAGCUUCUUUGAAAAUUGUUUCGACGAUUCAAAUUAAGAAAGAAAAAGAAAGAAAAGAAACUAUUGUCUCGGUGGAAGAAGUGGCGAGAAUAUCGACAAAAUUAAUGAAUUCUAUUAAAGAGAUGAACGACUCUAUCGAAUCAAUUGAUAAUAAAAUAGAUAGUUACAAAGGUUUACUGGGUAUAGAAAUUCAAAUCGAGAAUGAAGCUUUGAAGGCAUUAAUUAAGCCUCUUGAACAAUUGAAACAGGGAAUUCAAAAUAUAUUGGAGAAAUCUGAAAUUGAAGAAACUUCGAUAGAUACUUUAAAGAAACUUCGAAGAGCAAUUAUUAUUAUUCGUCAUCAAUCUGUUGAUAAACCAAUGGUUGAACCAUCACAUUCUGAAAUAUCAGAUAUUUUCGGAAUGUUGAGAAUAUUAACGAUAAGCUUGAAUGAGUUGGAAAUGUCCAGUGAGAAGGUUGAAAAAUUUUGGAAAAAUAAUUUAACUGGAGAAGGUCUUGUGGAACUAGAGAUACCCAUUUCAAAUUUAAUGACAGAUAUAAAUCUGCUUCGUGAUAGAAUAUUAAAUAUGGAAAUAGUAUGGGAAAAAGAUGAAGAGAAAAAAAAAGAUAAGAAGAAAAAGAAAGAAAAAAAGGAAAAAGUGAAAAUAGAUAAAGAAGAGGAAGAACAUGAACAAGAAGAAGUUAAAAAACAAAUACAAGACGAAGAUGAAAGAAAGAAAAAAGAAACUGAAAAAUUGAAGCAAGAGAAAGAAGAACGUAGAAAGAUUGAAGAAGCUGAAAAAUUAAAACAAGAAGAAGAGAAACAUAAAAAAGAAGAAGAAACUAAAAAGCUAAAACAAGAAAAAGAAGAGCAAAAAAGAAAGGAGGAAGAAAUAUUGAAGCAAGAAGAAGAGCAAAAAAAGAAACAAGAAGAAGAAGAAAAAUUAAAGCAAGAAGAAGAACGUAGAAAACAAGAAACUGAAAAAUUAUGUCUCGAAGAAGAAGAGCAUAAAAAGAGGGAAAUUGAAAAAUUGAAACUUGAAGAAGAGGAAAGUAAAAAGAAAGAAGAAGAAGAAAAGCGUAAGGAAAAAGAGGAAGCUGAGAAAUUAAAACAAGAAGAAGAACGUAAGAAAAAAGAGGAUGCCGAAAAAUUAAAACAAGAAGAAGAGCAAAAGAAAAAAGAGGAAGCUGAGAAACUAAAACAAGAAAAAGAGCGUAAGGAAAAAGAGGAAGUUGAGAAACUAAAACAGGAAGAAGAACGUAAGAAAAAAGAGGAAGCUGAGAAACUAAAACAGGAAGAAGAACGUAAGAAAAAAGAGGAAGCUGAGAAACUAAAACAGGAAGAAGAACGUAAGAAAAAGGAGGAAACUGAAAAAUUAAAACAAGAAGAAGAGCGUAAGAAAAAAGAGGAGACUGAGAAACUAAAACAAGAAAAAGAGCGUAAGGAAAAAGAGGAAGCUGAGAAACUAAAACAGGAAGAAGAACGUAAGAAAAAAGAGGAAGCUGAGAAACUAAAACAGGAAGAAGAACGUAAGAAAAAAGAGAAAGCUGAGAAACUAAAACAGGAAGAAGAACGUAAGAAAAAGGAGGAAACUGAAAAAUUAAAACAAGAAGAAGAGCGUAAGAAAAAAGAGGAGACUGAGAAAUUAAAACAGAAAGAAGAACAUAAGAAAAAAGAGGAGGCCGAAAAAUUAAAACAAGAAGAAGAGCAAAAGAAAAAAGAGGAAGCUGAGAAACUAAAACAAGAAAAAGAGCGUAAGGAAAAAGAGGAAGCUGAGAAACUAAAACAGGAAGAAGAACGUAAGAAAAAAGAGGAAGCUGAGAAACUAAAACAGGAAGAAGAGCGUAAGGAAAAGGAGAAAGCUGAGAAACUAAAACAGGAAGAAGAACGUAAGAAAAAGGAGGAAACUGAAAAAUUAAAACAAGAAGAAGAGCGUAAGAAAAAAGAGGAGACUGAGAAAUUAAAACAGAAAGAAGAACAUAAGAAAAAAGAGGAGGCCGAAAAAUUAAAACAAGAAGAAGAGCAAAAGAAAAAAGAGGAAGCUGAGAAACUAAAACAAGAAAAAGAGCGUAAGGAAAAAGAGGAAGCUGAGAAACUAAAACAGGAAGAAGAACGUAAGAAAAAAGAGGAAGCUGAGAAACUAAAACAGGAAGAAGAACAAAAGAAAAAAGAGGAAGCUGAAAAAUUAAAACAAGAAGAAGAACGUAAGAAAAAAGAGGAGGCUGAAAAAUUAAAACAGGAAGAAGAACGUAAGAAAAAAGAAGAAGCUGAGAAACUAAAACGGGAAAAAGAGCGUAAGAAAAAAGAGGAAGCUGAGAAACUAAAACAGGAAGAAGAACGUAAGAAAAAAGAGGAAGCUGAAAAAUUAAAACAAGAAGAAGAGCGUAAGAAAAAAGAGGAAGCUGAGAAACUAAAACAAGAAGAAGAGCGUAAGAAAAAAGAGGAAGCUGAAAAAUUAAAACAAGAAGAAGAACGUAAGAAAAAAGAGGAAGCUGAGAAACUAAAACAAGAAGAAGAACGUAAGAAAAAAGAGGAGGCUGAAAAAUUAAAACAGGAAGAAGAAUGUAAGAAAAAAGAGGAAGCUGAGAAACUAAAACAGGAAGAAGAGCGUAAGAAAAAAGAGGAAGCUGAAAAAUUAAAACAAGAAGAAGAGCGUAAGGAAAAAGAUGAAGCUGAAAAAUUAAAACAGGAAGAAGAAUGUAAGAAAAAAGAAGAGGCUGAAAAAUUAAAGCAAGAAGAAGAGCGUAAGAAAAAAGAGGAAGCUGAGAAACUAAAACAGGAAGAAGAGCGUAAGAAAAGAGAGGAAGCUGAAAAAUUAAAACAAGAAGAAGAGCAAAAGAAAAAAGAGGAAGCUGAGAAACUAAAACAAGAAAAAGAGCGUAAGAAAAAAGAGGAAGCUGAAAAAUUAAAACAAGAAGAAGAGCAAAAGAAAAAAGAGGAAGCUGAGAAACUAAAACAAGAAAAAGAGCGUAAGAAAAAAGAGGAAGCUAAGAAACUAAAACAGGAAGAAGAACGUAAGAAAAAAGAGGAAGCUGAGAAACUAAAACAGGAAGAAAAACGUAAGAAAAAAGAGGAAGCUGAGAAACUAAAACAGGAAGAAGAACGUAAGAAAAAGGAGGUAGCUGAAAAAUUAAAACAAGAAGAAGAGCGUAAGGAAAAGGAGAAAGCUGAAAAAGCAAAACAAGAAGAAGAGAUACGUAAAAAGAAGGAGAAAGAAAUUGAAAAAGCGAAAGAAUUUGAGUCGGAAGCUUUAAAACAACAGGAGGAAAAAUUACGAAAAAAGAAAGAGGAAAGAAAAUUACAACAAGAGGAAGAUGAACGCAAGGAACGAGAAGAAGCUGAAAAACGUAAAAAGGAACAAGAGCAAAGAAGACAUGAAAGAGAACAGCGUGCCAAAAAAGAAGAAGAAGAGAAGCUCAAACGUGAGGAAGAGGAACGUAAGAAGAAAGAGGAGAGACUGAAAUUGAAGAAAAAGGAAGAAGAACACAGGAAAGCUGAAGAAGCAGAACGAUUGAAGAAGAAACAGGAGAGGGAGGAACAAAAACGGGAGGAAGUUAGACGUCGAAGGGAAGAACAAGAGAAGCAGAUAAGACAGGAAACUGAAAAAGUGAGAAAAGCGGAGGAAGAACGACUAAGAAAAGAAGAUGAAGCUCACGAACGUAGGAGAAUGGAACGCGAACAAAGAAGGCAGGAAGAGUUGGCCAAAUUGCGUAAAGAGGAAGAAGAAAAAGUCAAAAGAGAGGAAGAACGCAGAAGAAAGAGAAAAGAGACGGAAAGGCAGUGGAAGGAAGACGAGGAAGCUAUGAAAAAAAGAGAGACAGAACGUUUGGAAAGAAGAAGAGCUGAGGAGCGGCAGAAACGAGAAGAAAUGGAACGUUUGCGACGAGAGGACGAAGAGAGGAGAGAUAGAAGGGAUGCUGACAGGCAAUUAAGAAGGGAAGAAGCAGCACGAACGAUGAAAGAGGAAGAGGAACGUUUAAGAAGGCGAUACGACGAAGAAGCGUCCAGACUUCGAAAACGAAGACAAGAACAGAUAAGGGACGAUACUUGGUCCCGAAUGCGACAAGGCGAAUCUGAUCAAUUGUUCCGAAAAAUGACGGAAGACAUGUUCAGAAUUGAAAAAUCAAAAAUCACGUCUUCUGAUAUGGAUCUUUGGCGAGACAAACGAGACAAAUCUUAUCGGUAUGAUUCUGGUUUCGAUUCUGGACUUUCCAGCACUUCCAGAUCGUACAGUUGGAGAGAUUCUCUUACUUCUUUAACAAGAAAGAGGAUCGACGAUUUUCUCGAUUAUAAAUUGAGGGAUACUUCGAUCGACAGAUACUAUUUCGAUACAGGGACAUAUUACAGGAGAAGGAGGAAAAGGGACGACCGAAUUACUCGAGCUAGAUCCAUCAGUUUGUUAAAGUACGAUGACUAUUCGACGGGGGAUAGUGACACGACUAUCACAGCUGUCAGUGUUAGCAAACCACCGAAAUAUGGCGGAAGACCAAAGAUGACGUUACGAAUGGAUCUAGAUGGAUCGAAUCUUCCCAUAUAUUUGCCUCCUAUUAAAGACAAGCUUGCUCCGCGCGAGAAAGGAAAAAAGCCGUCAUUCUGCACGAGAUUGACGAAUAGGACCGUAGGAGUUGGUAUGAAGACGAGAUUGACCUGCACCGUCCUUGGUCACCCGGAACCGAGGGUUUACUGGACGAAGGAUGGAGAGAAACUCGACAUAACCACGAACAAAUAUAAAACUCGAUUCGAUAACGGUAUGGCUUACUUUGAAUUGCACGAACCACUCCCCGAAGAUUCCGGAUUGUAUACCUGUGUUGCCGAGAAUGUUCAUGGAAUCGCGAGCACCGAAUCCGCGUUAAAAGUUUAUCCCGAUUUCCAACCAACAUUGUCACCCCCUACUUUCACAAGAUCGAUCAGAGAUACUUAUCGAUCAUCUGACAAUGAGUUGAUCCUGGAGUGUCGAGUUCGUGGCAACCCAACACCUGUCAUCUCUUGGUUGAAAGACGGUUGCAUUCUUCGAGGCGAUCGUUACAAACAAAGUUAUCUGGACGAUGGUAUCUAUCGAUUAGAGAUUGCUGCGCCUAAAUCUACGGAUAAUGGUCGUUACACUUGCAGAGCGAUGAACGAUCUACGAACCGAAGAGAUAUCGCACAUCGUUCAAUUCAAUGAACGAGAUCGACGAAUCGUGAAUAAACACGAGAAAUUGUUCGACGAUUACUUCAGCCUUGAAACUUACAAAAGGCCAAGAUUCUCCAGUUAUUUGAGCGACUACAGUGUUCCCACUGGCGGCACCAUUGCCCUCCAAGUUGAGGUCAAAGGCGUACCGGCACCGGAAGUCAGGUGGUUCCGCGGCGAGAGGCGGGAGCCAGUCUCGAUACCAAAAGCGAAGACAUUUACAGAAUCCGGUGUUCACACGUUGGUUCUGCCCGAAGUGACUGAAUCGGAGAAAGGCACGUACAUCUGCAGAGCAAUUAACGCUUACGGCCACGUGGACAGCAUUGCCACGGUCGAAGUAAUUUCACCGAGUGCGAUCGAUGGCGGGAAACCGGCCAUGUUCGUUUCGAGGCCCUCGGAAAAAUCGAUCACGGUCAAUUCUGGAGAGGACGUCAGUGUCUCGUUCAGAGUCACUGGAAUUCCCAAACCACGAGUUACAUGGAUGAAAGGAUUAAAAGACAUCACGGACGGUCUCAGAUCUCACAAGGAAACGAUCGACGAUUACGUGAGAUUAACACUGAAGAGAGUGGUGGCAACGGACGAAGGCACUUAUUGUAUUCUGGUUAAAAAUAGAUACGGUUGCGACAGAAGUUUCUUCUCGAUCAAGGUGAAGCAACGUGCCAGGUCGCUGACACCCGACUGGAGUUCUUUGAGCAGCCGCACCGAGACCGGAAGUUUUCUUGGUCUGUCCAGUGAGAGCCGCGACGAGGAACUCUCUUACGUGAGGAAUGUUCCAGGGCCAAUCACAAGCGAGCCAGUGGUGGUCGAUGGGGGAAAGAAUUGGCUGUCCUUAAGUUGGGGAAAAGCUGAAAGAAGAGGGCCAGCGCCUGUCAUUGCUUACAGAGUUGAUGCUUGGUUGUUGGGCAGUGAUGGCGGUGCACGAUGGGUCGAGCUGGGCAUGACACCGAUAAACGCGUUCGACGCGUUCAAUUUGAAGCCUGGAGGCGAGUACAAGUUCCAAGUGACACCGAGAAAUCGUUACGGAUGGGGGGAGUCUGUCACCAUGACGAACUCCGUCAAGGUCAGCGAGACCGUCGACCUUCCAGAGUUCACCAAGAUCCUUCCAGGACAACUGAAAGUUCUCGAGGGUAGCUCGGUCAAAUUGGAGUGCGAGAUCCGUGCUGACCCAAAGGUGGACAUAAAAUGGUACUACGAGUCGAUGGAAAUCGACCCAAACGGUGACCCAAGAUGGUCGAUCUCUCGUAGCGGGUCCAAAUGUUGCUUCGCGAUUGAGAAAGUUGAAGAGAAAGAUAGUGGAAGAUACGUUUGCGAGGCGGGUAAUUCGGUCGGGAAGGUUUCGUCGUUCGCCAGAUUGCUCGUCGUCGAUGAUCCAAAGAUCAUCGAGGCUGAUGAGAAAUUUAAAUCGAGAGCUUUAGGGGACGAAACGGAGGACAGGCCACCCCAAUUCACGAUGAGAAUUCGGGACAGAAGAGUGCAGAUGUCUUAUCCUGUGAGACUCACGUGUCAAGUGGCAGGGCAUCCGGCUCCUGAGGUCACGUGGUACAAAGACAGCGCAGAGAUUCGACAAGACGAACGCCACGUAUUCUGGAACAACGACUCGAAUUUCCACACGUUGGAAAUCAUUCACUCGAUGCUCGAGGACUCGGGUUGUUACACCGUAAUGGCGAAGAACGCGAGCGGCUCUGUGUCCUGCCGAUGCAUCCUGGUCGUGGACAAAGGAAUUCGCGCCUACAUAGCCCCGGAUUUCCUGUGCGGCCUGGAUCCGGUUUAUACCGUGAAAUUAGGGGAAGAUCUGAGGAUGACUGCUCAAGUAGAGGCGUAUCCCAGUGUCGGUAUCGUAUGGCAUCGAGACGGAAUUCGUUUGCGGCCAAGCAGAAGAGCAGUGAUGACCUUGAACCACGAUGGUACGGUCGAAUUGUCCUUGGGCAAGGUCACAGCAAGGGAUGCCGGUGUUUAUUGUUGCACAGCGACGAACGAGGUUGGAUGCGCCGAGACAUCGACACGGGUCGCCAUUAUUGGCGCUGAAUCGCAAAAUGAUGAGGUGUCCGUCGAUGGUGUGCCAACUUUGACGGUCAUAUCGACGCCGGACGUACCAUACUCGAAGGAGCCUCUCUUCGUCACAAAACCUUUAUCCACCGAGGCAAUCGAAGGAGACACCGUCAUCAUAUCCUGCGAGGUCGUCGGCGACCCGAAACCGGAAGUGAUGUGGCUGCGCGAUUUCCUCAGGGCCGAUUACUACAAGGACGCAGCCCACUUCCGGCUGGUCGGCGAAGGAUCUCAAUACCGUCUGGAAAUACCGUACGCGAAACUCGACUUUACGGGGACGUAUUCCGUAAUAGCGCGGAACUGCCAUGGGGAGGCCAAAGCCGUGAUUUCUUUGCAGAUCUACGCGAAAGGUCAAGGAAAGGAGGAGAAAAUGAAGAAAUCGGGGAUCACUCACGGGAAUGUGCUCACUUUGCCGAUGGUUACGAGGGAGCUUCGAGAUCUGAGGUGUUGCGACGGCGACGCCGUCACCCUUGAAUGCAAGGUCCACGCUGCACCCGAGGCGCCGUUGGUACGCUGGGAACGUGGAGGGAAGAUUCUUCAAAUGAGUGGAGAUUUCUCGGCUGAAUUCGACGGUGAAACGGCACGUUUGUGCAUCCAGCAUGUUUAUCCGGAAGACGAGGGCGAGUACACCUGCGUGGCGUAUAACGACCUCGGCAAGGCAUUCACGUCGGCGUGCCUAAUAGUGGAUGUGCCUGAAGGGAAAGAGAAUGUUUUGAGCCAAAGAUUGACGAGACCAGCUGGACUUCUCUCGGCAGGAUCGACGCCUAGAUCGACACCUAGAUCGACGCCAAUCAGGAGUUUGUCUCCGGCAGUUUCGCAUGGCCGAGAAUUAAGGUCUCCGCAGCUUCUCCCGCGGAGCACGUUGUCAAAGCGGCCAAAGAUCAGCCCACCGAAAUUUUACGCGGUGCCCCACAAUCGUGUGGUCGAGGAGGGUGAAACGGUGCGUUUCCAGUGCGCUGUGGUCGGCCACCCGUCGCCCUGGGCCAAAUGGGACAAGAACGGCACUAUGGUCACCCCAACGACGAGAAUCUCGAUAAAGGAGAGGGACGACGUGAAGAUAUUGGAAAUCGUCGAGGUAACACUGGAGGACGCGGGACUUUACAGGGUGAUCGUGGAGAACGAUUACGGCCGUAUAGAAGCGAGCGCUCGUCUGGAAGUUAUAAAUCGUCAAUUACUCGGAUCGGUUGCCCGCACGAUCAGGAUAAGAAGUGCGUCGCCGAGAACGUAUCCAUCCUUCAGCCGAAGUCUCCUGGACACGAGCGGCAGAAUAAACGGGAGGCUGUACCUCGAGUGCGGCAUCAGAGGAACGCCCAAUCCGACACCGACUUGGUUCAGGAAUGGAAGGCCGUUGGAACGAUCGAUCCGAAUAAAAAGAUAUUUCGACGGGAAAACUGCAAAAAUCGAGAUAUCAAAAGUGAAAUCGAGCGACGCGGGCGAGUACACGUGCGUGGCAACGAACGUACUUGGCUCUACGAAGAACACCUGUCAGGUGACCGUUCUUGGCCCCUCCAAUCUAUCUACGAGCGACAAGGAUCAGCCGAGAUUUCUUCAUCCACUCGCCGAAGAAUCGAUCGUCGUGGAAGGUCAUUGCUACGAGCUACAGACGAGACUCACGGGUACGCCGCCCUUCUCGAUGAUCUGGUCGAAGGACGGUCGCGAGAUACUCGACAAUGAUGACCACAAGUACGUCGUGUACAGCGAUGGCGGUAUCGCUCUCAGAUUAUCCAACGUUCGUCCGCAAGACGCUGGCGAAUACACUUGCCUCGUUCGUAACAAUUUCGGGGAAGCAUCCAGCAAUGGCCUGUUUAUCGUUCAAGAUUACAAGGGUACAACGAAAUUGGCGCCACAAUUCACGAAGACUCCGAUGUCAGUCGUCGUAUCGAAAGGAGACACCGCCUGUUUCUGUGCUCGAGUGCAAUGUGGAAAACCAAUGGAGAUCGCGUGGACGAUGAAUGGAAAGGACGUUAAAGAAAAUCCAAGGUGCAAGAUCGAGAAAGACGACAGCGUGAGUAUUCUCAGGAUACACGACGUGCAACCUCGAGACGUUGGCGAGAUUCGGUGCACAGCAUCUGUGAGUGGAAAAGGGCCGUCGAUCAGUUGCGCGGCCGAGUUGAGAUUGAAUCGAGCAACGAGGAAUCCCAACGAGGAUUCGAUUCAAUUCCAAGGAAAUCGAAAUGAGAAACCGGCCAAUCGCAGCAACUCUCUACGAAAAACGAGGAAGAACGUUCCUCCCCUCGUCGAGCCUCCUGCGCGAGCCUCGAGGUCGUCCUCGUUACCUCGAAGAUCCACGCCGAGUCCCAACCUGUCCCCUUUGCCCGUGAGGAGGAACAUCCCUCGAAGCCCGUUGCUACUCGACUCGAGAAGGGCGAAACUGGCCGAGAAGAGGAAAGAUCUGAGUGCGAAAAAAUUCUCGCGCAAAGCUACGCAACGGGUGUACAGGGAACCGGGCGAUCGAGUGUCGUCGGACGAAGAGGAGGCGAGGGAGGCGACGUUCGAGGGGGGGCGACGUUGCGAAACGACGAUCUCCAAGUUGUUGGAGAACGAAGGGGAAACGUUGGUAAAGGGGAACGUUCGUAAGACUGAUAAGAACGACACGAGACAAACGCAAGAUAACGUUAAUAAGCACGAUAACACGCCGAUAAUAUGCGUGAAGCACGUUCCGGAAGAGAUGGGGGAGACGGAGGAGGAGUGCUCGAUUCAGAACGAUGGGAUGGAGAGGGAGAAGGAGGAGAAAAUUGUUGGCGGAGAGGAGGAGGAGGAGGAAUUGGUGGCGGCCUGCAUCGCGAAGGUACCGGCUGAUGUCACCGUUUUCAGAGGAAACAGGGUUGUCCUCAGGGUCACGUAUCGAGGUCAUCCGGAACCGGCGGUCAAGUGGCUUCGAGCGGGGCGAGAAUUAAUUCCAAACAAAAAGACUGCGAUCACGUAUGGCGGAGGUGUAUCUUGCUUGAUAUCCGACGAUGUGACGGCUGAUAAUGCCGGGAAAUACGAGGUAUCCGUGGAAAAUAAACUUGGAAAAGAUCGACGAUGUUUCAGCGUUGCCGUUGAAGGUCCACCUGACCCACCGGCAGGUAUUCCAAACAUAUGUUGUUCCACGGGUACAGCGACCAUCAAUUGGCGGUCAUCACCUUACGAUGGCGGUUGCACGGUUACCGGUUACACCGUGGAGAUGAAUCGUGCCGGUGAAAAUAGCUGGGCAACGAUCGCUGAAUCCUGCCUCUCCCUCAGCAUCACGGUUCCUUCCGUCGGAUCGGGCACCGUGAUACCUGGUGAGAGAUAUCGUUUCCGCGUGAGAGCCGAAAAUAUCCACGGGGUUAGCGAACCCGGUGACGAAUCUCAAUUUGUUCGAAUUCCGAAAGAAGGUGAAAUGUGUCUCGAGGAGGAUGAAGAAGAAUUCGAGCCACCGUUCGAAGCUCGAACAGUCGAAAUGGAGGAUGGACAUUUGUUCAACGAUCGAUACGAGGUGUUGGAGGAACUGGGGAAAGGAAGAUACGGAACCGUGAGGAGGGUAAUCGAGAAAUCUUCGAAUACGAAUUUCGCGGCGAAAUUCGUGAGAACGAUUAAAACGAAGGAUCGUGAACAAGUUCGAGAAGAGAUCAGGAUCAUGAACAUGCUACGCCAUCCGAAACUUCUCCUAUUGGCCGCCGCUUUCGAGAGCCCUCGAGAGAUCGUGAUGGUCACCGAAUAUAUUUCCGGUGGAGAACUUUUCGAGAGGGUGGUCGCCGAUGACUUCACCCUGACCGAAAGGGACAGUAUACUGUUCAUGAGACAAAUCUGCGAGGGGGUGGAGUACAUGCAUCAGAACAAAGUGGUACACUUGGAUCUGAAGCCAGAAAACAUAAUGUGCAGGACGCGAACGUCCCAUCAAAUCAAGCUGAUCGAUUUUGGCCUGGCGCAGACGCUCAAACCUGACACGCCGAUCAGAGUUCUCUUCGGCACCCCGGAGUUCAUCCCUCCUGAAAUUAUAAAUUACGAGCCGAUAGGGACCGAGUCGGACAUGUGGAGCGUCGGUGUCAUCUGUUACGUCCUAUUAACCGGUUUGUCCCCGUUCAUGGGCGACAACGACGCCGAAACCUUUGCCAACAUAACUCGAGCCGACUACGACCUGGAGGAUGAGGCCUUCGAUGCGAUCUCGAACGACGCUAAGGACUUCAUCACCGGUUUGCUCGUCAAACGAAAGGAAUCGCGAAUGUCGGCUAGACAGUGUUUAGAGCAUCGUUGGAUGGCGCAACACGCGGAAGCAAUGAGUAGGAUAGCCUUGCCGACUGAGAAGCUGAAAAAAUUCAUCGUACGAAGAAAAUGGCAGAAAACGGGAAACGCCAUUCGUGCACUCGGAAGGAUGGCGAUCCUUUCGGCGAACAGCAGACGGGGCCCGACCACGAUAGGAUCCUCGCCAACCUCCUCCCCCGGCCACCCCUCUAUCGAACCGCCUUCAACGAUCGAUUUCGAGGGCGAAGACGAGUCGAGAUCGCCGUGCAUCUCGACAGCGGAAGAGAAGAACGGCAGAGGCGCCGUUUUUCUCGACGCCUCUCGUGUCGAAACGAACGUGUACUCGUUCUGUUACAAAACCGAGAUGAACAUCCUUCCGGAAGAAAGCGAAGCAAACUCUCCUCUGGAUGGAUUCUCGAACGUGAUCUCCUCAUUGAAAAGCGAAGAACCAACCACGGAGGAUGUAUCGACGAAUGGAGAAACAAUCCGGGAAACUGAUACCUCGAAGGAGACGAACGGCUUGGUCCAGAAGACCGAUGGCUCUCCUCGGCCCACGGAAGAGUCUGCGCGUCCUAUGGAGAGGAUCGAGGAGGAGGAGACAGAGAUUCGUAUCGUCGAGGAGCGCGUGUCGAAGAAAGGAGAAGAGGCAUCGUCGAUCGAGAGAAGUUUGAUCGAUGACGUCCGCCCGAAAUCCGUAUCCUCGGCCGAGGAGGGGAUCGAUUUCUCGGGGACGAGGAUUUCGUGCAAACGGGAGUCGUGGAGCGUGGAGGACGAGGACGAGGACGAGGAUGAGGAGGAGAGGAGGAAGGAAGAGAAAGGGGACAUCGUCGGGGAGAUCGAGAGGGAAUUGAAAGAGAAGAUGGACCAGGAGGCAGGGGGCAGUGCGAGCUCGCAGAAGAUCCGCCGCGUUUUCAGGGGCGACUCCCGCGAUUCUGGAAUAGGCGACUGCGCAUCGAACUUGUCCGCGUCUUCCCAACAGGUGAACGAGUUGGGUAUAUCGGCGAUCAAGGAGGAGGAGGCGGACAACGAGAGUAAUAAUAAUAAUAAUAAUAGUAAUAAUAAAGGAUUGUUGGAAAAGUUGGAACGGUUCGAGGAUCGAGGAACGUUGCUCGUCGAUAUCGGGGAAAUAUCGGCGGACGUUAAAGUUUCGGAUCCAAAGAGGCACAACAAAGGGAGUAUCGAGGUAGCUGCGCUGAGCGGUGUGAAUAAAGCUUCGCGUGAGAUUAAUCGGCAGCAUGAAGUGGCCGGCGAGAUUGAGGACCCGAGGCUAUUAAUCGGAAGAAUUCGCAGCAAAUUCGUCCCGACCGGAAACGUGAGUCGUACUGCGAAAUUGUUCGAGAAAGAGGCGGCGGCCGCGGCUGCGGCAUCCACCAAGUCGGCAUCCGGCAACGUUCCGCAAGCGUCGGAACGCGGUUAUCCCUCGAUCGCCGCGAAGAAACCGAAUAACGAAAGGAUACAAAAGGCUUUCGCUUUUUGGAAUAAGUAGAUUGUGAAAAGAGACGAGUCGGAAAUAUUCUUGGCGGGUAAAAAUAAUUCGAGGAUGAUCAAAAAUCGUUCGACUGAAAAAGAAAGAAACUCUACGCGGUACCUAUUAAUUACACUUGAAAGUGUAAUUUUCUAGUUCUUUUCUUAAGGGAAAUAUAGUAUAUACGUAAUAAAGUAAGUUGUUUUUUUUUUUUUUUUUUAAUCUCGAAACGCACCGUACGUUGUUAAGACAGGUUAAUUUUAAAAAAAAAAAAGAAGAAACACGUGCACAUACGAGAAAAAAAAAUGUUUAAGCAGUUCACUUUUAGAUUCAGUAAAAAGAAGAAAAAAAAAUUAUAGGUAUUUAAUUUAAGAAAACGUAUAAUCACGCUGUACUUUCAAUCUUGUAUCUCGCGAAAAUAAGACUCGAUUUAAUUUGAGAUUUACAUUUUCUUCUCCAGUAGAUUCUUGUUGUUUGACGAUUUCGAGUUUCGUUGUUGUCAAAUGUUUAUCGGGGCGAACGAAACGAGAUCGAUGACUCGUCUGCUUAGUCGAUGCGUGUAAAUAGCUGUCAAAUAAUAUUUUACAAGACAAGUA